AUGAGUUAUGCUGCUUACAAGAUGAUGCAUUGGCCAACCGCCAUAGACACGUGCGUCUCCGGUUUCGUAACCCAUUCUCGCUCAGAGUUAGCCCAUCUUCCUCAACUCCACACUGACGAUCUUGACUCUGAAUGGUCUUCACGCCGCCACCGUGGGGGCGGAAUUGGCCCUACUCCGAACCUAAUUGUUGCUUCCGGUAAUGUUCUUGAAGUCUAUGUUGUUAGGGUUCAAGAAGAGGGUGCGAGAAAUUCGACUGAAUUGAAGCGUGGUGGAGUCAUGGAUAGUGUUGCUGGAGCUUCUCUUGAGCUUGUUUGCCAUUACAGGUUACAUGGCAACGUUGAGUCAUUGGGGGUAUUGUAUGUGGAAGGUGGUGAUGAUUCUAGGAGAAGGGAUUCUAUUAUCUUAGCAUUUAAAGACGCCAAGAUUUCGGUUUUGGAGUUUGAUGAUUCAAUUCAUGGACUUCGCACAAGCUCUAUGCAUUGUUUUGAAGGUCCAGACUGGCAUCAUUUGAAAAGAGGUAGAGAAUCAUUUGCAAGAGGCCCAUUGGUAAAGGUUGAUCCUCAAGGAAGAUGCGGAGGCGUUCUUGUUUUUGAUUUGCAGAUGAUAAUCCUUAAGGCUGCUCAGGCUGGCUCUGCUUUGGUCCAAGAUGAAGAUUCUUUUGGUUCUGGAGCUGCUAUUUCUGCUCGUAUUGCCUCUUCUUACAUCAUUAAUCUUAGAGAUCUAGACAUGAAACAUGUGAAAGAUUUCAUAUUUGUGCAUGAUUAUAUUGAACCUGUGGUGGUUAUCCUUCACGAGCGAGAGCUUACUUGGGCUGGGCGUGUUGCAUGGAAGCAUCAUACUUGCAUGAUUUCUGCUCUUAGCAUCAGUACAACUUUGAAGCAACCUACCCUCAUAUGGUCUAUUGGAAAUCUCCCGCAUGAUGCUUACAAGCUGCUCGCAGUGCCAUCUCCCGUUGGUGGUGUUCUUGUGAUUGGUGCGAACACUAUCCAUUAUCACAGUGAGUCAGCUUCUUGUGCAUUGGCUCUGAACAGCUAUGCUGCUCCUGUUGAUAGCAGUCAAGAGCUGCCAAGAGCAAGUUUCAGUGUGGAACUUGAUGCCGCCAAUGCAACUUGGUUAUUAAAAGAUGUUGCCUUGCUGUCAACAAAAACUGGGGAACUCCUGUUGCUGACCCUUGUUUAUGAUGGAAGGGUUAUGCAGAGGCUCGAUCUUUCCAAGUCUAAAGCUUCAGUACUUACUUCGGACAUUACAACACUAGGAAGUUCUCUCUUUUUUCUGGGAAGUCGUUUGGGAGACAGUUUACUUGUGCAGUUUACUUCUGGACUGGGAUCUUCAAUGCUGUCUCCUGGUUUGAAGGAAGAGGUUGGAGAUAUUGAAGGUGAUGUGCCUUCAGCAAAGCGAUUGAAGGCGUCCUCCUCUGAUGAUUUACAAGAUAUGGUUAGCGGGGAGGAACUUUCCUUAUAUGGUUCGGCGCCAAAUAAUGCAGAAUCAACACAGAAAACUUUCUCAUUUACAGUGAGGGAUUCGUUGACGAAUGUUGGUCCUCUGAAGGACUUUGCGUAUGGUUUAAGGAUUAAUGCGGAUGCAAAUGCAACUGGAAUAUCCAAACAAAGCAACUAUGAAUUGGUGUGCUGUUCUGGACACGGUAAAAAUGGUGCUCUCUGUGUUCUUCAGCAAUCAAUUCGCCCAGAAAUGAUUACAGAGGUUGAACUUCCUGGAUGUAAAGGAAUUUGGACUGUUUACCACAAGAAUGUGCGUAGUCAUAGUGUUGACUCAUCGAAAAUGGCUUUGGAUGAUGAAUAUCAUGCUUAUUUAAUCAUAAGUAUGGAGGCCCGCACAAUGGUGCUUGAAACUGCCGAUCAUUUGACGGAAGUCACUGAAAGUGUGGACUAUUUUGUGCAAGGAAGAACAAUUGCUGCAGGGAACUUGUUUGGAAGACGUCGAGUUGUUCAGGUGUUUGAACGCGGUGCUCGAAUUCUGGAUGGUUCUUUUAUGACUCAAGAUUUAAGCUUUGGAGGUUCUAACUCAGAAGCUGGCCGCUCUGAGAGUUCCACAGUGAUGCAUGUAUCUAUUGCAGAUCCAUAUGUGUUAGUAAGAAUGGCUGAUGGGAGUAUUCAGAUUCUUGUUGGAGUUGGGAUGGAAGCUGCCAUAGUGAAUGGUUCAUCAGAUAGUGAAUCUCUAAAGCUUUGGCAUAUAGUGGCUGCAAUUUCAGUAAUUGAUGUUAAUUUGAAGAAUCUGAGCUCAAAGAAAUCAGUAUCUGCCUGUACACUGUAUCAUGAUAAAGGGCAAGAGCCAUGGCUCCGGAAGACGAGUACAGACGCAUGGCUUUCUACAGGAGUUAGUGAGGCUAUUGAUGGUGCUGAUGGUGGAGCUCAUGAUCAGGGUGAUAUAUACUGUGUCAUUUGUUAUGAGACUGGUGCCCUUGAAAUAUUUGAUGUUCCGAAUUUCAAUUCUGUUUUCUUUGUGGAUAAAUUUGUCUCUGGAAAAACUCAUCUUGUCGAUACCUGCAUGGGGGAACCUCCCAAAGAUUUGCUGAAGGGGAUGGAUGAAGAAUUUGCUGGUGCUGGCAGAAAAGAAAGUACACAAAACAUGAAGAUUGUCGAAUUGGCUAUGCUGAGAUGGUCUGGGCAUCACAGUCGUCCGUUUCUUUUUGGAAUAUUGACUGAUGGGACAAUUCUUUGUUACCAUGCAUACCUGUUUGAAGGUCUAGAUGGUACUUCUAAACUAGAAGAUUCUGUUUCUGCGCAAAAUUCUGUUGGUGAUAGCAGCAUCAGUGCUUCAAGGCUUAGAAAUCUGAGAUUUGUUCGGGCCCCCUUGGACACAUACACAAGGGAGGAAACAUCAAGUGAAACCUCAUGCCAACGGAUUGCAACUUUCAAGAAUAUUAAUGGUUAUCAGGGUUUUUUCCUUUCUGGAUCAAGACCAGCUUGGUUUAUGGUAUUUAGAGAGCGACUUCGAGUUCAUCCACAGCUAUGUGAUGGAUCUAUUGUUGCCUUCACCGUUCUUCACACUGUUAAUUGUAAUCAUGGGCUCAUUUAUGUCACAUCACAGGGAAAUUUGAAGAUUUGUCAACUGUCAUCUGUCUCAAGUUAUGACAACUAUUGGCCAGUGCAAAAGAUUCCAUUGAAAGGAACUCCACAUCAAGUGACUUAUUUUGCAGAGAGGAAUUUAUACCCACUCAUAGUUUCAGUUCCUGUUCAAAAGCCAGUAAAUCAAGUUCUUUCAUCACUGGUUGAUCAAGAAGUUGGCCAUCAGAUUGAGAAUCAUAAUUUGAGUUCUGAUGAAAUACACCGAACCUACAGCGUAGAUGAAUUCGAGGUUCGGAUUUUGGAACCAUCUAAUGGCCUUUGGCAAAUUAAGGCUACAAUCCCAAUGCAGACUUCUGAAAAUGCAUUGACUGUACGAAUGGUUUCGCUGUUUAAUACAACAACAAAGGAAAAUGAAACACUUUUGGCUGUCGGGACUGCUUAUGUGCAAGGGGAGGAUGUUGCUGCAAGAGGACGUGUGCUGUUGUUUUCCUUAGCAAGAAAUCCUGAAAAUUCUCAAGUUUUGGUUUCAGAGGUUUAUUCAAAGGAAUUGAAAGGUGCUAUAUCUGCUUUGGCCUCACUUCAAGGUCAUCUGUUGAUAGCUUCUGGUCCAAAAAUUAUUUUACACAAGUGGACCGGUACAGAGUUGACUGGUGUUGCAUUUUCCGAUGCUCCACCAUUAUAUGUUGUGAGCUUAAAUAUUUAUUGCUGUGGUGCUCACCAAUAUAACAUGUUAGGUAAAAGCACCGAUAGACACACUGCAUCCAAUCUUUUUCGUGUAACAUAUGCACCUGCUUAA